AUGUCAUACAGCUCUGGCAGGCUGCAUCAUGCGACAGUCCUGACGCCCACAUCUGUGAAUUCGGGCCACACCGUCUAUGGAUCACCGGCUUCGUACACGGUCAAGCCCGACCCCGAUGCCCCCAGUUCUGUAGACGAUGCCGAGCUAGAGGACGGUCCAGUCAAAAAGAGGCAGAAGCGCAACAAGCCCACAUUAUCAUGUCACGAGUGCGUUGAGCGAAAAACGAAGUGCGACAGAGGAAGGCCCAACUGCCUUGCAUGUAUAAAGCGGCAGACCGAAUGCAAGUAUGCACACGUUGCCAAUCUGCUAGAGCAAACCACCCGGUCCGCCUCAAAUGGACGGAGGAUGACAAAACCACCUAAGCGGAAAAUCUCUGAAGAAGCCAGAGACCCGCGGGCAUCGGUACCCAACAUUGCUGAUCGAGGUAUGCCGGCUGGCAUCAUGUCCAGUGGAUCUGUGGCGUCGUCCACUGGUCUCUUGUCUAAUGUUCCUUAUUCCCUACCCACCGCGUCCAAGGUUUUCGGAGUAGGGGCGGAACACCCCUUCGCGAACUAUUGGACUUUUGAGGGGAAACUUUCGCAGGUCAUUGCCGUGAUGCCGUCGGAGAAAUUGACCGUCGACAUGUUGCUUGCACAAUACUUUGAGUCGGUGGAUCCUAUAUACCCGAUGAUCCAUCGACAAACUUUCUAUGCCGACUAUGAGCAUUUCUGGGCACUCAUGCUCCAGAAGGCCGACGCAGAAAACGCCGAUGCUGCGUUUGUUGCGUUGUUGUUCGUAAUGAUGGCUCUUGGCGCGCAGUUCCAGGAGAACCAGAGCCCGGAGGACAGGAAGCAGUCGGCCGAGUUCUACGCUUCAGCGUCAAAUCAAGGGUUGCGAAUUAGUUCGUACCUGAGUUCUGCCUCGAUACAGUCGAUCCAAGCUAUGGUUCUACUCACGUAUUUUCUAAUCAAUGACAACCAUGCGUCGGAUGGAUGGUCUUUUGCAGGUGUUUUGAUGAGGCAAGCGUAUGCCAUGGGUCUGCACCGGGACCCCAACAUCGUCGUGCCUCAUGCAAGCAAGUUCGAAAAGCAGCAAAGGCGCAAGUUAUGGCAAGCGGUGCUUCAUCAGGACACAUUCCUAACCAUCCUUUUGUCACUCCCGCCGAGUGCUACCCACACCGACGUGAACGUGGACGACCUCAUCGACGAUCCUGAUGAUAUUGUCAGCACGGAUCCCAGAGACACAGCAUACAUCCGUGGCUCAUGGUCCUUGGCCAAUCUGGUCCAGGAGAUGAUAUGCAGUCCGCGCUCCCUCGACAUGCCUAUAUGUUCAACUCAGCGCCAGAAAUCGAAGCUGAUAGCCGACUUCCGCUCCGUUUACCGUUCCUUCCCGGACAUAUUCCGUUCUUGGGACCAAGAUUCGCUCACAAAGCUAGCGGCAAGCAAUAAGCGCAUAGUCCGGCAGACCCUGUUCCUCACUAGUAACUACUACCACAACCUCAUGCUCGUGCACGCCUCGGAGAGUCCAGAUGUGCCUGUCAACGUACGCUCGACGCUGGACGCUGCGCACGAGGCCAUCAACGCCUUCUUCAUGCUGUAUACACUUUUCGACCACGAAGCUCGUGUGUGGUGGGUCUUUAACCACCGUGCGUUCCUCGAAGCUCUGUGCAUUGGCAGCGUUUUGCGUGAGACCGCAAAGGAAAUCGGUGGUGACGAGGCUGAUAGAUACGAGCGAGAUCCGCUGUUCGCGAGGGCCAAGGCGGAUUUGUCACGCAUGAUCCAGAUCAUGCAGGCCAUGGGCGAGGGAAAGCAAGGCUCCGAAGUUGCUAGGACGAGGGUCACGGUCCUGAGCGAAUUCUUAUGA